GUAGUCCUUGCUCCUUCCUUACCGGAGCAUCCCAUCCCAGAGGUGGUCCAGAGCGGUUGCCAUGGCGACGGGAGGCAGGCAAAGAGAGAGAAGUGACACAUCCAGGAGGGAGGGAGGCCAGGAGAGGCUCUGGCGAGGCUAAAUUUAGGCAGCCAGUCUGGGAGGGGAGAGGGAGGCUCUGGCUUGCUCUGGAAGGGGGAAAGGGGGACAGUGGGGAGACCCAGGCCAAUGGGGGGCCUGGAGGAAAUGGGGCCCCAGAGGCAGCAUCAACAGCCGAGGCAGCAUCAACAACGGCCCUGCGGAGGAGGCAGGAGAAGAAGGGAAGAGGGAGCAGGCCGGAGGGUUUCAGCACCAGCAGCCUUGAAGGAGCUGUUUUGGCCUCCCCGGUGGUAAUAUGGCGAAGGAGAACUCGGCUUUCUCCGCCAUCCCCGAGACCCCGGUGUCCGAAUCCAAAGUGGCCCUCCCCCCUUCCCGUCAGCUGAAGCCGGCCCUGGCACGGCGCUUGGGCGAGGAGCCGGAGAAGGCCGAGAAGAAGCGGGGCCGGCAGCGGUACGUGGAGAAGGACGGCAAGUGCAACGUCCAGCACGGGAACGUCCGAGAGACUUACCGCUACCUCACCGACAUCUUCACCACCUUGGUGGACCUGAAGUGGCGUUUCAGCCUCCUCGUCUUCGUCCUGGCGUACGCCAUCACCUGGCUCUUCUUCGGACUCAUCUGGUGGUUCAUUGCUUACUGUCGUGGAGAUCUUGACCACCUCGGAGACGAUGCCUGGACACCCUGUGUCAACAACCUCAACGGCUUCGUCUCGGCCUUCCUCUUCUCCAUCGAGACGGAAACCACCAUCGGCUACGGCCACCGGGUCAUCACGGACAAGUGCCCUGAGGGCAUCAUUCUGCUCCUUCUCCAGGCCAUCUUGGGCUCCAUGGUCAACGCCUUCAUGGUGGGUUGCAUGUUUGUCAAGAUCUCCCAGCCCAACAAGCGGGCCGAGACGCUGGUCUUCUCCACCCAUGCCGUCAUCUCGCUACGGGAUGACCGGCUUUGCCUCAUGUUCCGGGUGGGGGACCUGCGCAACUCCCACAUCGUUGAGGCCUCGAUCCGGGCCAAACUGAUCAAGUCCAAGCAGACCCAGGAAGGGGAGUUCAUCCCCCUCAACCAGACGGACAUCAACGUGGGCUUCGAGACCGGCGAUGACCGUCUUUUCCUGGUCUCGCCCCUCAUCAUCAGCCACGAAAUCAAUGAGCACAGCCCCUUCUGGGAGGUCUCCAAGGACCAGCUCCAGAAGGACGAAUUUGAGAUCGUGGUCAUCCUUGAAGGGAUGGUGGAGGCCACAGGGAUGACUUGCCAGGCCCGGAGCUCCUACUUGGUGGACGAAGUCCUCUGGGGCCACCGCUUCAUGUCCGUCCUUUCCUUGGAGGACGGCUUCUACGAGGUGGACUACAACAGCUUCCACCUGACCUUCGAAGUCCCGACGCCCAGCUGCAGCGCCCAGGAACUGUCUGAGGCCGCAGCCCGGAUGGACGCCCAUCUCUACUGGUCCAUUCCCAGCCAACUGGAUGAGAAAGUGGAGGAAGGGACCGAGAAGGGGGGAGACGGGAACAAGGAGAGGAAUGGAAACCUCACCAGCCCAGAGAGCGAGUCCAAGGUGUAAUGGGGGCAAAUAAGGGGCAAGAGAGAUCCAAGACGGGGCACAAAGGGUCAUGCCAAUGGAGGGGAAGGUAGGCCAAAGCAAAGAGUAAAUAGAAGCAAAGCGUAGCAAAGAGUGCUUUCGGAUACGUGGCAGGGACAGCCAUUGAGUGCUAUUUCUGGAAGUCUAUGCAACCAGAAAUAGUAUGGGAAAACAAAACAUAGACACAGAGAGAGAGAGAAGGGUUGAGAGAGAAGUGCCAUGGACCUGGGCAAUAAAUUAGUACAUUGGAAUGUGAAAAAAGAGCCAAACCAUCGCUAAGGAA